GUCCACCUAGGCAUCCUCGUCUUGUGUACGGGUCCUUAGCAAAAUCGUGAGCUUAAAAGGCCGCGGCUGCUGUCUGUGCGGAACCGUAGCACGGUACAGCCGCUGAAGAGUGCUUAUAUCGAUCGCAGCCGUCGCGCACGCAAGUUUCCGACGAGCCCGAAGGCUCCAGGACAGUCUGUAAGCUAGGGCUGCUAAAACAGUCGACGCGCGCGCCGCAGCCAUAACCGGCCGGUGGCGUUCGUCGUGGCCGACGAGAAGAAGUGCUGCGCGUGGGCCGACGCGAACGGCGUCUCGUACAAGACUCAUAACACGAUGGACGCCGCCCUCUUCGACGACGAGAUGUCCGACGUCCUCGGCCUCCUCGCCGCCCCGGAUAGCAGUGCGGGCCUCGAGAUGGACUGGCUGCUCGACAAGGGCCACAGUUCGUCCGCCGACGAGGGCAGCCCGCCGCGCAAGAACCAGCGCCUCGCGUCGCCCGAAAGACCACCAAUGCUCCCGAACAUGACCGAAGCCACGCGGAGCCUGGCCCAGACGAACGAGGAACGAUUGAUCAACGUCUCGAGCGUGUCGGGCUCGAUGGCGCAGGGAAGGGCACCUCAGACGAAAGCUUUGGGGGAUAUGUCAACCAUCUCCACGUCGCUCGCCCACCUGGGCAUGCUGCGCCAGUGCAACCAGGCCGCGCCGCCGACGAACCCGCCGCAGCCGCCGCCGCCGAAGUCCCCGCGCCUCGCGAACGCCUCUACCAUAUCAAGGAAUUUGGCGAGCGUGGGAGCCGCGCCGCAGUGCAACCAGCGCCACGUCAGUAACAAUCAACGGCAAGACGUCGCGCGGGCCGACGCUGUGAUUGGUGGUGGUGUCGUGGCCGAGGCCGUGCCGCUCGCGCCGGCGCGCGUCGUGGCCGCGCCGUCUACCGAGGAAGCUCAGGAAGUUGUUGCUGAGACGCUGAGUACGCGGCCGCCGCCGCCCCGACGGCGCGCCAACGACGAGGACGAGAAGCUGCGGUUGCGCCGCGCGCGGAACAGGGAAGCGGCCGAGCGCAUGCGGCGGCGCCGCCGCGACGAACGCGAGGAGCUCCAGAAGAACGUGCGGGAAUUGACGGCGCGCGUGGCGGACCUCGAAGUGAGGAACUCCGAUCUGGAGGGGCGCCUCGCGGCCGCCGAGGCCGAGAACGCUCGGUUACGCGGUGGUCCGGCGCCGGGCGCGCAGGCCGUCGCAGAGGCACCGGCUCUCGCCGUGAAGCUGCGGCGGCGGGCACGCGGGUAAGUACGUAGUUACUCAG